AUGUGCUUCGGCACCUCAAAGCGCGAACGAGCCCGUCUCGCCAAACAGCCGCAAUCCCAAACCGGAACCAACAACCAAUAUCAGUACAGACCGAGCCCGUACUACAAGCGGAGCAGCGGUUUCUCGCGAUGGGAUGCUGAUUAUGGUGCCGCUGCGGAUGGGAUAGCGCAGCUCAUCCAGUUGGGGCAUCAUGGAGGUCAUGGCGAUGGAGGAGGCGGACAUGGAGGAGGGCACGGUGGAGAUGGGGGAGGAGGAGGUGGUGGUGACGGUGGUGGUGGAGGCGGUGGUGGUGGAUGUUAA